GUGGAGUUAUUUUUAUUAAUUUUCUUUCUGAGAACGAGCCUUUUCUAUAAAAUGCAUUCAAAAUCAGUAGCUGUAGAGGUAAAUGCCAUGUGGAAAAUCGCGUCCAUUACGUAGGUUCAGCAAAGGGGCAUGAAUGAUGGCGAGUUUCCCAGGCAGAGUCCAUUUUACUGUGUGCGAGUAAAGCAGUGGGCAUGUGGUUGCAGCAAACUACCAUUAGUGCGUGCAUGAGUGCUAUCGUCACUGCUGCCUGCAGGAUUCGCUCCACUAUUGACCUGCAUUUGCAGCUGUACACCCAGCCCACUAAGCCGCAGUUUUCGUCGCAAACUGGAAGCGGUCACACACUGAAACCGGGGAAGGCGCUUUUCUGGUCCUUUAAGAAAGCCAAUGACCUGUGUGUAGGAGGAGGGGCCGCAUCCUGAGAAUCAGGUGCAUGUCUGAAGGGAUGAUGUCAUCUUCCUAACGAGACCUGCCCGGGAGGGACAAGGGAUGCAGAGCGAGCUAUUGCCUUAAUUGCAUUGUUCCAGAUGGGAGGAUGCACGGGACGCUGAGGGGACCGCCUGCACUUCGUGUAUCACAAGCAGCGAAUUGUACCUCAGUCAGUCCGGGCUGUUGCAGAUACGUAGCAAAGGCAGUUUCAAGGUGACACGCUGCCACUUGUUAUAAGUCAAAACAAAAACUGCAGGUUUCUGAAAUCUUUUGGACGCCUCUUACAGGAGUGAAACAUUGUUCAAGUAUAAAACUUUUUCUUUCAACAUAAAGGGAUCCGUACAACAACGCAGGACCAAACUAUUUCCCAGACUACAAAACCCACAAUCAUGGGGUUUGGUGAUAAUAAGUAUUCAGUGAGAUAUGAUGAUAUAUAUAUUUUAAUGCUUGAAUACAUACAAAGAAUACAUUUAUAAAAUGGUCUUCCCUAAAGAGCUUUCUCCCUUUGGAUCCAUGUUUUUAACAGCUUCCCUUGCUUAUUUAUUUUAUUUUGUUUAUUCUUGUCUCUAAAAAGUUCUCUUUGGGAGGCGAGGCUUGCAAGACUAGGCAGAAUACCAUCAAAUAACCCGGAAUGGUGAUUAAGUGAAGUAUUUCUUCCCAAUUCUGACCUCUUUACAAAGCUUCCUGGAAUUUCCAGUCAUUCAGUUAUUAAGACACAAGGUUCGGAUGUUCAGAGCAGAGAAACAUGGAUAUAUCAAAGCCUUUAAUAGGACCCAUAUUCAGGAUAACAAACAAAAUAGAAGAUUCCUGCAGUAUCGUGCUGUAACCUGCCCUUGUUGAAGUUGUUUUCUACUUCUCCUUUGCAAUCCACAGGGUACCCAGAUGUGCUGUUACCGUGUGUGGGUUGUGGCCACUUUGCUUUUUUCCCAUUCACUUGCCUGAUCUGUGUAUACUGUAAUUGCUGUACCACAUAAACCCAUGGAGGGACUGAAACUGGAAAAAGACACAGUAUUUUUCUGCUUUCGGCAAUACCUACAGUAGUUACAUUUUUAUGGAUAUCUCUGCUUCUAGGAUUUUUUUUUCUAAAUGAAUAUUCUGCUAAGAACACAGACAUUUACUCUACAGUUCAGAUAAGUUUUCUCUAGCAUCAUCAUCACUAUUGUAUUAGGCUUCACUGUCAAUUUAGCACAGCUGUUUGUCAAGGAGGAAUUUGUACCAGGAUUUAAACAAAACCAGUUAAAACAGUUUCUGUUCAUUUUUUGAUUGUAUCAAUGAUGUCCUGGAAGAGAAAUUAUUUUGCUACAGGUCGAGGAGGAGUUCAGGAGAUGUUUACUCCACGUAAUUCAAUAUCUAUUGCUCCUAGCAAAGGCCUGAUUAAUGAGCCAGGACAAAAUAGCUGCUUUCUAAACAGUGCACUGCAGGUGUUAUGGCACCUAGACAUUUUCCGGCGGAGCUUCCGACAGCUUACAACACACAAGUGUAUGGGAGACUCCUGUAUAUUUUGUGCACUGAAGGGAAUCUUCAACCAGUUUCAGUGCAGCAGUGAGAAGGUGUUACCAUCAGAUACUUUACGUUGUGCUCUUGCUAAAACAUUUCAAGAUGAGCAGCGGUUUCAGCUGGGCAUCAUGGACGAUGCAGCAGAAUGCUUUGAAAAUUUAUUAAUUCGCCUUCACAUCCAUAUCGCAGACGAGUCCAAAGAAGAUAUAUGUACUGCCCAGCACUGCAUCUCCCACCAGAAGUUUGCCAUGACAUUGUUUGAGCAGUGUGUUUGUACAAGCUGUGGUGCCACUUCUGACCCCCUGCCUUUUAUUCAGAUGGUGCAUUAUAUAUCUACUACUGCCCUCUGCAAUCAGGCAAUCUUUAUGCUGGAGAGAAGAGAAAACCCCACCCCUGAUAUGUUUGGGGAACUGCUGCAAAAAGCAAGUACAAUGGGAGACCUGAGAAACUGCCCGAGUAAUUGUGGUGAAAAAAUUCGAAUUCGGCGAGUGCUUAUGAAUGCCCCUCAGAUCAUCACUAUUGGGCUGGUGUGGGAUUCUGAUCACUCGGAUUUAGCUGAGGACGUCAUCCACAGUCUUGGGACCUGCCUGAAGCUUGGUGAUUUAUUUUACAGGGUAACAGAUGACCGAGGAAAACAUUCUGAGCUCUAUUUAGUAGGGAUGAUUUGUUACUAUGGCAAACAUUACUCUACUUUCUUUUUCCAAACCAAAAUACGCAAGUGGAUGUAUUUUGAUGAUGCUCAUGUUAAAGAGAUUGGCCCAAAGUGGAAAGAUGUUGUUACAAAGUGUAUAAAGGGUCAUUAUCAGCCAUUGCUGCUGCUGUAUGCUGAUCCCAGGGGUACACCAGUAUCAGUGCCUGAUGUCCUGGCUCAGAUGGAUCUACGUCAGUACACCAGAACUUGCUAUGACAGUGAAGAUUCUGGCAGAGAGCCAUCCAUCUCUAGUGACACCAGAACAGAUUCUUCUACUGACAGUUACCAUUAUAAGCAUUCACACCAUGAGUCUGUGGUGAGCUACUUCUCCUCUGAAUCACAAGGCACGGUCAUCUACAAUCUGGAAAAUGAUGCAGCAUCGCAAAGCAGCAGAGAUACAGGACACUUGACAGAUAGCGAGUGCAGCCAACACCACUUUUCAAGAAAAGGACCCUUUACAGACCGAAAACGAAGUUCCAGUCGCCCUCGGAGAAAAGGAGAUGAGUCAAAGUCUUCUGGCUACCACAGCGAGGGUGAGACGCUAAAGGAGAAGCAAGCACCCAGAGCAGGUUUGAAACUGUCCAGCAGUUCAAGCAGGCUGAGGGACUUUAAAGCUACUGUUAGCAAUAUAAUACAUAACAGACCAUCCCAAGCAUCACAGACUUCUUCACAAGGCUUUCACCAUGUGGGGAGUAGCCUCGAUCAGUCGGAAAUCAAGCCACCUACAAACUUGACUAUGAGACUGCGGGAUUGGGAGAUAGACAACAGCACCAGUGAAACAAAGUCUGGCUUCUCAAACAGAUAUCGCCCGACUUGGCGGCCUACACGCGAGCCAUUAAAUGUAGACAGUGUCUUCAGAUCAGAAAAGAGGAAAAAUGCUUCAUACAGUCCACUUAGCCCUUUUUCCGAAGAUUCAGGAAAAGAAAUGGCAACUAAUGAAUUACGAGAAAUAGCCAACUCUGAAUCAAAAGACAAUCAUCAGUUAAAAUACAGAAGUUGGGGUAUUGGGAGGGGUGCCCCACAUUUUCUUGACCACCAGCAGCCUCGUCUAAUCCAGAGAAUGGAGUCUGGGUAUGAAAGCAGUGAGCGGAACAGCAAUAGCCCAGUCAGCAUGGACUUGCCUAUUUCAGAGAACUGUAGUGCAUUCAGGGAAUAUCACUCAAGGAAAAGCCCAGGUACAGCUCCUACAUGGCGAAACUUUCCGAAAUCUCAGAGCAGCAGCACAAUAGACAUGGCAGAUUCUGCCUCCAGUGUCUGGGUGAAGGUCCAUCCGACACACUUGGCAGUGGAAAACUCUGUACCUAUGAAGAGUGAAUUUGAUGAACUACAGGAGGAGGUGGCAAGGAGGGCACGAGAGCAGGAACUAAGAUGGAAGCGUGAGAAACAAAUUGAGGCUGCAAUGGGAUUCAAUCCACGACCAAAACGGUUUUUGGAUUUAGAUGAAUUACAGACUCAGGGUAGAAGUGAAAGCUUUGAGCGAGCUAUGUUAGAAGCAGAUUCUGUAUAUGAGCAGUCAGUGAGACUGGAACAGAACGGAGAUUACACGUCGGCACUGGCUUUGUGUAAUGAAGCAAUUUCUAAAAUCAGAUUUGCCAUGCAUGAUGCCAGAUCUAGCACUCACUGCAGAGCCAUAGCAGAUAAGAAGUUGCAAAUGUGCAUACGAAAAGCACGGAGUCUUCAGGACCGCAUGCAGCUGCCGACAAUUCCUCAGCCGCCAUCACCAGAUUACCCCUUGCCACAGGGAAAAGCUAUAAACCAAUCUACAAGUGACCAGGCUAUCUCGGAACAAGUUUCAGUGAACAGACCGGUACUGCUGGAGACAAACACAAAGGAGGACUACCCAUCCAAUCCAUUAUUCCACCCAUUAGCUUAUAGCCAUGAGUUGCUUCCAUUGUCCUCUGAGUCUUCCAACUUGUCAGCUUCUGAGCAAAACCCACAUCGCAAAGCAUUUUCUAACUUCCUUGCUUCAUAUAACAAUCUUGAUUCUGAAGGUCCGGUCUCAUCACCAAAGGAAGCAGUGGUUGAGAAUAAGGUGAAAUCAGAAUCUUAUAGCCAAGGAUUAGUAACCAAGCAAACAAAAACAGAAAAGGUAAAAAAUGUCAGCCCUGAUAAAAGUAAGGUGGAAGAGGAACAUGAAGGAAAAGAAGGCCUUCUACCACUGCACAAGGUGAAAAUAAGUGGAAUUAAAUCUGGUUCUUUACCAUCAUUGCUAUUUCCGUGGGCACGCCGAACACAGACUCAGUCUCCUGACAGAAGCAGCCCACCCAGUUAUUGUAAUAAAUCUGUUAGUACAGACAAAGGUGUUAGUACUGAAAUUGAUGAAAGUAAUAAACAGAUUGGUUCCUGUAAUGACAUAACUCCAUCUUGUAAUACCAGCCUAAGCCUUCAACAAGCCAACUUGUGCUCGACUGCAAACAGUCAUGAUGCAUUAUUAGAGAAGCAGGGUAAACUUUGCAGUCCAGAACCUUGUAAAUCGGAGGCACCAAAGAAUAAGGGGUUGGUACGCUCUCUAGCAGAACAGUUUCAAAGGCUCCAAGGGGGCUCACCAAAGCUAAACAAUUUUGGUGUGAACUGUACUGGUGUUGACACAUGUGAGAAAAAGCCUCGACCUUUCAGUCCUAUGGAUUCCAAAUCCAGUUUGCAGCCCCUUGUAAUUCAAGAAAGCAAAGCUAGCUGCACCGAACAGACAAACCUCUCACCAGACUGCCUGGGCAGGUCUUUUGAAGUAAAUGGUUCCAGUGUACAUCUUGUUGAUAAUGAAAAUAGUGGCUCUGAAAAAAAAGAAACACCUGGAUGGGUUGUUGAUCAUUUUAACACUCCACUUAACCGAGGUAAACUUUUCUACAAAGGAGAGAAAAAGGUGAAAUUUGCCAGCACUGUCCAUUUACCUGCCUCUGUGCCCAUGGAGCAGUGGGCUGAAGAUGUCAACAGAUAUUAUAAUGUCCAACUAGAGAGUAUAAGGGAUAAACCUAAAGUUGGACACACUUUAUCUCUUAAACCAAAGUCAAUUAAAUAUGGCUUAUCAAAAAGUUCAAUUGAUCUGCGCCAGGAGUGGAACCAGGAUGCUGAGCAAGACAUUUCAGACCUGCAAACUUUAUAUAAUGCCAGCCUACAGGCUCGUCCAAACAGAAAUAUGCAAUGGAGGUCAGAAGAUGCAAGACAAGGAUUUGGAAAACCAUUUCUGGACAACACAGCUGAAAGGAAGGUGCAGAUAACUGCUGGAAAAGGUCUUUCAAGGACUCCCACAACAGAAAUGGAUCUUAGUGGAACCACAUUUACACCUGUGUCAAAGUUUACCCAUGACGGGGGCCGAAGCAGGGAGGACGAUGAGCUGUACAGUGCAGAGAAUUUCCGGCGUCUGGCACGUAGCCUCAGUGGGACAGUCAUCAGUUGCAAAGAAGAGGCAGUUGUCUCUUCUCAGAGCUUUGAGACAUCCAAUGAAAGGAAACCACUUAUGGACAGCAGCCACCGCUGUCACAGCUCCUCCUUCCACCCUUAUUCCCCAAAUCCUUCUGUAUUAUCCAUUGAACCCCAGCACUACCCAACUCAGCUGCAGCACCCAUCAUUUGAGGUUCCGGCGCCCAGCAUGAUGGGUGAGACACACAGAUCAUCAGGGGAUCCCAACUUCCAAAAAGUUUUGGCUAUGUCUGAAAAGGGUGAAAAUCUCCAAGGUAACGAACAGUCGAGGAUGGCAACAGCAACACUACAAUCUUACUCUAUUCCGAGGCAGCAGACAGACAAUGGUGAUCAAAAUGCUCUAAGUCAUUGCCGGUGGUCAGGUCAUACAGCUCAGGGAUCUGCAUCCGACAAACACAUGGUUAGUGCCAGUUUCAUGACUUCACCUGUUUGGAGGUCACAAGGUCCUCAAACCUCAGGUUAUGGAGGCUAUUCCAAUUUUUCAACGUAUCGUAAAACUCCGGAUACUGCUGAUUUCUGCAUAUUGAGGAUGCCACAAAGCACGUCCAUGGGCACAGAAGAUGUAUGGGAAACUUCUCAGACUAAUCAGUCAAGUGUUCAAAGCCCUAAGAGAGUAGACAUGCCACCCGAAGAGGACUGGAGUCAUAAUACUUUUAGCACUCAGUUUGGUGGAAGGAAAUCACAGCCUGUGUUUUCACCACACAGGACCUAUUCAUCUGAUGCUGACCUAUAUAGGACAAACAGCUGGAGAGCUGCCUUGCACAGAAAUGGACGAUAAUCUUUUCUCGAGUCCACCCAAUCAGCCGAACAUGAAAAGAUCAUUUUACCCCACUUAAAAUCCACUUAAAUCCCCCAGAUUUAUAGUUUAGACCAGUGUUGCAAGCCCUGUAAUGCAAUGGACAUUCCUGUAUAGAAUUUGUACCAGUAUUGUCUUAACACCUUUGAGCCUGUGAUGUGUCACCUUGUACAUUGUGUUAUCGAUGAUCAGCAAGAAUCUGAACCCCAUUAUGUUUCAAAGUGCCCACUCAGCAAGGGAAAUACUGUGGUAAUCUUACAUUAAGACUUGUUGAUCACAGUUGAGGACUGUAUAUUAUGAAUGCUCCAAAUUACUUCAGGGUUGAAUCACUGACAGAUCUUUCUUCCAUAUAACACACAGCGAGAGCAAUUGCAGGUUCAGUACUCUGUCAGUAUGGUGCUCGCUCAGCAAUAAUUGCUCAAUGGAGAUUUUAGAUGUAAACACAAGUUGUUUCCAAACUACCCAGCCUAGUGGAAGUCAAAUUUCAAACUACGUUUUUGACAACUUUUGCCUUUUCUCAUACAGAAUUUGCUGCAGUUAGCAAUAGUUAUACGUUGCAAUGAAAUUAGAUGAAAUCUUAAAAUGUUUGCUGUUAUAUAUUUGUUCCCUGCAAGUGAAAUGUAUGGCUUAAUUGCUGUAGUAUUUUCACUGAUAAAUGCACUGCGGCCAUACAGGGCACAUUGUUAUCCUGGUUCUCCCUGUACUUUUUUCUUUACCUUUUUUAGGGACAGAGCAGCCUGGAGCCUACAUAGCAGGGAACAUGAGAAUUCUAAGGCCGUGCACAUUUUUGAUUGGCCGUCUAGAUCACUUUGCACAGUAAGCCUGCAGAAAGCCUGAUAAUCUUAGGACAGGAAUUGUUAAAAGGGUAACCCAGCAUUAAAAGUGCAGCUAGUUAAGCACAAAUCUUGACUAAUGAAUAGUAUAGUGGGGGGGGGGGCAAUGCCACGGGAGUUUAAGAAAGCCCACCCUUUUUUCCUUUCCUCCAGUAUCUGUAGCAAUGCUUAUAACAGAAGACUGUUAUCACUGCAUGCUUAAAUUCACUUCUAGAGUAAAAUUUAAUAUUUUAGUGUCAAAACAUUUGCUUUUGUAAGUAUUUUUCGAAUAAAUAUAUGAAAUAGUUCUAUUAAAUAACUUCUGCCCAGUG